AACCAUUGCUGCCAGUCCAUUUCUGAGCUUCAAUCAUACGCGGGCACUUUGUUGUUGUUGGUGGUCCAACCAGUUGGGCGGUGCGCUAACUCGACCGUUAUAUUCUUGUUAAUAAUAGUAGUGACUAAGUAUCGCAUGGCCGCAUGUUAGAUGAUUUCUCGCGUGAAAGUGAAUUCAGUGUGCAGAAGACCGGGGAAUUCGCCAGAUCCCAAUUUGGCAACGCAUUUUCUGGUGCAAUUUUCUUGGCCCUGGGACUUACUUUCGAGUGCUGCGUAGAUCGGUUGUUUUUCCUUUCUGUGAUUUUUUUUGCUCAUCACAAGUGAAGUGACGUCAAACGGAAAAUACACAAACGACUCUUUGGGUUUCUUUCGCGUGGCUCUGGUGCUUGUUUUUUCUGUGAGUGUAACGACCACUGAACAGAGGAUUCUGUUGGGUUAAAAUAACUUCAAACCAUGCGAGUGCUGCUGAUGCAACCAGAAGACAAGGUGAUGCAAAUAGGACCAGCAGUUGCAGCAACAUCAGAAGCAACAGCAAGUGAGUUUGCAGCAAUCAAGGCAAUAAGAGCGACCAAUUCGAGUGCAACACCAACAGUACUGUAGGCAAAAAGGAAAACAGGAGCAGCGUCAGCAGUUAAAGUGCAGCCCGAAAGUGCGACACCACCGCCAACACUGCGGAGCAGCAACAGCAACACCUGAACAAACAGCCACUAAGGUGCAAGUCUGAGCCAACAGCAACAUGCUGCUGGCGGAAAUCGCCGCCAAGGAAAACAUGUUGGCGCCCCCAGGUGCGGCAAUCAAGCGAAAGACCGAACAAGAGCAGCAGCAGCAGCAACGCAAACAGCACAGAAGCAACACCAGCAUCAACAGCGCCAGCAGCAACAUCCCUGGCUGCAGCACCAACAUAUGCAACACCAGGCGACAGCAACAACUACAGAGGCAGCAGGGCAAAAUGUAUUACAAUUCCAAUUCGCGACCUUUCUGGAUGAAGUGCAGAUCGGCAGCGAGUGCGAAUCAAACGACAAUUUUCACCACCAACAACGAUAUGUGCAAUGCACCGACAGCAGCAACUGCAGCAACUGCAGCACCAGCAGCAGCAGCAGCAGCAACAGCAGCAACAUAUGACAAGAUGCAGCGUUGCAGCCAGAGCAGCAGCAGCAACGGCAACCUCCAAGCGACCAGCAACACCGGCGGCAGCAGCAGCCACAAACGCUGCCCUCCGAAGUACACCGGCAACAACCUAGCAGCGGCCACCAACGGCAUGAUGGCCUACCAGCAGCAAGCUGCAGCUGCCACACUGCAGCAGGGCGGCAAGCAGGCCGCUCGCAAGAGCCGCUUCAACGGCAACAAGCAGCAGCAGCCAUUCGGGAACAUCCACAAGCGAGGCGGAGUCGCCGGGACCGGCGGAAGUGACUCCUCGUCCUCCGCCUCGACAGCCACCAGCACCUGGCUGGCGCGGGGCUACGGGCACCGUUUGGCCAGUUCUUCAUGCAUCGAAGACAAAUUUCUUGGGCAGCACAAUCCGGGCCAUCGCAAUAGCACCAGCAGCGAGGCGACCAGCGAGGACAUCGACUCCAGCCGGGAGCACCUGAACAAGCCCAAGGGCAAUGGUGGCAACGGCGGCAACGGUUGCCACAACCAUGGCGCGGGCGGCAACAAGAGCCGCUCGAAGCGACAGCAGAAGACGUCCGGCCAGCAGAUCCGUAAUCCCGACCAGAUGGGCCAGAAGCCCGGAGGCCCCGCCUCCAUGGUGGGCCAGAAGACCAAGCAGACAACCAAUGGCAAGUGGCGCCAACAGCAGGCCAAUCCCAACGGCAACAACCCACAGCAGCAACAGCAACAGCAUCAGAAGCGCGGCAGCAACAAGAAGACGGGCAAGUGCAGCGGCAGCAACAUGGGACAACAUCCCGGCAGCAACACCGCCAAGCACGGCGGCAACAACCAGCGCAAGACCUGCGACAGCAGCUCCUCCUCGGCUCUGAGUUCGCCCACCAGCUCGCCCACCAGUUCCCCCCAUGCCAAUGGCAACCGGAAGCGGAUCGAGCGCACCCUGAUGCCGGGAGCCGCUCUGGAAUGGCGCCGUGAGCGGGAACGUGGUCGCCUGAAUACCAACUUCCUGGUGCCCCCACUGCGACAGUACGAGCAACUGGAUCUGGACGACAAAACCCUGGUGCAGCAGCUCCGGCGACAUGUCAUCGAUCACCAUCUGCUGCGCGUCUACGGCUUUCCGGUGGAGUCCGUGGUCCACGAGGGCGCCAUCGAGAUCUUCAAGUGCCUGCCGCACAUGAGCUUCGCAGCGGCACUGGCCGAAACUGCUCCGGCGGUCACGCUGAUCAACUGCCACGACGGGCUGACCACCCGCGUUGCUGUCGAGGAGGAGGUGGCCACCUCGAGUGACUCCGGCAACAGUUCGCCACGCUCCCUGGACUCCGAGUCCGGCGGCGAGUGGAGCGGCAGCGAAUGCGAGUCCUCCAACUUAUCCUCAUCGUCCUCCUCCUCGACCGGCGAAGCCGAGCUGAGUCUGGAGCUGAAGUACUGCCAGUACGUCCAGGUGGAGCGCAGUCUGGCCAAGCCGUGUGCCCGCUGCAAGCGCCACUUUCUGGUGGACGAACUGACCGGCGAGUAUCUGACGCGCGAGGAGUGCCACUACCACUCGGGCAAGUACCAACGCUACUACGACGGCGUGUGCCACGGCCGCUGGACGUGCUGCAACGAGGGAGAGGAAUCCUCGCCAGGCUGCUGCCUGGGCGACCGCCACGUGUGGACCGGUUCGGUGGUGGGCGUUAAUGGACCCUACUACGACUUCGUGCGGACCCAGCACAGGGAGCGGAACGACGAGCCCGCCGUGUACGCCCUAGACUGCGAGAUGAGCUACACGGGCCGGGGCCUGGACGUGACCAAGGUCUCGCUGGUGGCCCUCAACGGGCAGCUGGUGUACGAGCACUUUGUGCGCCCCGAGUGCGACAUCAUCGACUACAACACCCGGUAUUCGGGCAUUACGGAGCGGGAUCUGCGCUCCGGCGCCAAGAGCCUGGCCGAGGUGCAGCGCGAUCUCAUCGAGCUGAUUACGGCGGACACCAUCCUCAUUGGACACGGACUGGACAACGAUCUGCGCGCCCUGCGCCUGGUGCACAACACCCUGAUCGACACCUCGAUCAGCUUCCCGCACUGCAGUGGCUUUCCGUACCGCCGGGCCCUGCGCCACCUGACCAAGGUCCACCUGAAGCGGGAGAUCCAGUGCGGGGACGGCACCACGGGUCACAGCAGCUUCGAGGACUCGCGUGCCUGCAUGGAGCUGAUGCUGUGGCGCAUCAACCAGGAACUGGACCCCACAUGGAGCUGGGACGAUUAAGGGAGGCGAGGCCGGGAUCGGACCGGGAUCGAUCGGUCCGGGGCGGGGGUUGAUCAAAAACAAUGGGGGCCAGCAAGUACUUUUAGUCGUUAAGCCAGUUAGGAUCGCUUAGUUUGUACUGUAUUCAAGAAAACACAAUCCUAAAAUCUCAGCUGGGUGGCUCGCCUGGCAAUGGGUCCCUAUACCACUGGUGCAUCUCGAGUAUCCGAUGUUUGCCCAGGAGAUAGGGGCCCAUUUCCAGGCGCUGGACCAGCGUAUACUUACAUAUAUCAAGUAAAUCGCAAUCGCAAUCGCAAAAUUGGAAUGACAAAAAUGGCAAGGAAAAGCAUGCAAAAAUAGGAGCAUAAUCAUAUAUUUAUAUGCGAUACAUAAGGUACAUUUUGUAAGCGUAUAUUUAUAGAGAAAAAUAGAACUUUAAUCUACAUAUGUAUAUACACUAAUUGUUUUUUUUUUCUUGAUUAAUUUCGAACCACGAGAAAAUGUACUGAAGUUUUAGCUGUGAUGUUUUUUUCACUUUCUCACAUAUUUACACGACAAACGAAAAUGAAAAGUAAAAGCAAAAAAAGAAAAGAAUAGAAAAAUACAAAAAUAUAUACAUACGCUCAUACAUUAUUUUUUAAGAAGCACAGAAGAAAGGCAAUCCAAAUACUUUUUCAUUUUGACCAAAACUUUCAACUAAAUCACUCCAUUUACCAUAAUAUACCAUUAGGUUUCUUUCGUUUCGUUUCGUUUCGUUUCGUUUCGUUUCGUAUCGUUCGUCUUACCCCAACCAUUUCUUUUUUUUACUUCACGAAUAAAGCAUCUCAUAUACAAACGGAAGCGAUGAAAAAUUAAAGUUUAACUUUAACUACUUUAUACACUACGCAUAAACGUAAGUUAGGUUAAUCCUAUGUUUUUUCCACUCUUCAACUCCUUGAUUAUUUAUUUAACGAUUCACGCGACAAGUUCAUUGAAAAUUUCUUCAAGUGUAUAAUUUUUCACAUUGAACUCCAUCCUAGGCUAAGGUUUAUUUUUGUUUUCUCUCGCGAAACAAUCGACGAUUAAGCACUGUUCCGCGUUUCUAGUUUUCUAAAACGGGACGAGGAAUACUUUAGUCGAAAAUCGAUGUUCCUAGCAGCAUAUGUAAGGUUCAGCACAAGUACACUGCAACAAGCGGCUGUUUUCAUAUUGAACAGAAGGAAAAGAAGAGUAAUGCAAAUGCACAACGACAACCUUUGAAGAGAAUAAACGAAGCAACGAUUGUUUCAAACUAAAUAUCACCCUAAA